CAGAAACCACCUACAGGCAACUACAAGGCAGCUCCUGGCUGCUCACUCCCCUCCACCGCUGCUAAAACAACGAGGCAGGGCAUCAAGAACCUCCAAUUACUCUCUCUCCGAACCUCCCCCCUCCCCUUACUCUAAACAUGAGCCAGGUCUCUCGAAGUUCCACCAACUGUCCGUCUCCGGCAAAAGAAAAAACUCAAUCUGAACCAUUCUAGAAGAUUAAUAACUAUUGUCCGGGCCCUACUCUCUCUACUCUAUUAUCGGACGACAAUGGGGGACCGGGCAACAAACAAUGUACGAUCGACCCAGCGCUGUUUCCAGGGGACUCGGGGGAAGGAGAGGUUUGGAGAGGUUUCUCCUUGUGAAAUCCCGUGUGCUCCCUGGUGCUAGACGGACCCAGUCCGGCCCCCUCCCCACCCCCUCCCCUCCCCUGGCGUGGGGUGGUGUGUGUAUCCGCUCCGGGUUGAUGUGCUCCAUAUGGUCCGGGACUGCGCGGUACCCAGAGUGGCUGGGGGGGGGGCGGGGCCACUGCGUAGUAUUUGGUCCUGGUUGAAAUUUGAUUCAGAAGUUGAGAGGACUGCAGGACCCAAAGCGAGCGAGGGGGGAGGGAGACGCACACACACACACACACACGCACACACACACACACACACACAGGUCGACCGGACGCUAUUUUACUGCAAUAAUAAAAGAAGCAAAGACGGACCCAGCCAUCGCUACAGUCUGAGAGACCGUGCGACCAUGAGCUCCACGGGGCGUCCGGCCGCUCACCCGCAGGACGGGGCAGAGAUCGACAGCGUCAAGGAGUCCAUCAGUGACAUCAUCAACCAGCUGCAGGACAUCGACCCGGCGCGGCUCUCCUUCUCCCCCUUCCUGGACCUGGACACCCAGAUCUCGCUGGCGCCCGUGUCGGACAGCCCCGAGUCCUCGGUGGAGGAGCUCCACUCCUCACCCCACUCCGUGACCGGGUCGCAGCGGUCACUGGAACCCGGGACGGGACCCUCAGCCGAUACGCACAGAGACGACGACAGCCGGCCAGACGACAGCGGGACGACGCGUCGGGAACAGGGAGUACCAGAGGGGGGGGGGGGUCUUUCCAGCGCCGUUGCCACGACGGCGCACACUUUGGAAGACGCCUCGGAAAACCGCGUCGUCGCUCCCUCCCCCCUCCUCCCCCCCUCCCCCCCCUCCCCUUCCCCCCCCUCCGCCCCCCUCGCCGAAGACCUUCCCAACGGGACGGACCCGGCGCGGUGGGCCCGCCAGCCCCCGCCCCCCCUCCGCCCGCACCCCCGCCCCCAGCACCCCCCCCCCGCCGGCGAGGGCCGCCCCCUGCUCGACGCGCCCCCCGGUACCGUGGAGCUGGCCGUCUGGAUGGAGUCGGAGGGGCGCGGCCAGGGCUGCGACGCCGUCGUCGUGGCGCCGGACGCGUUGCCGCCGGGAGGCCGGCGCUGCUGCCGCCGGGGGGGCCGGGCCCCCGCCCUGGGCGCCGCCGUGGCCUCGCUGGUGUGCGCCGCGGGGAUCCUCUAUGCACUCUAUUUCCACGUCCCCCUCAAGGCCCCGCGCUGCCCCGACCUGGGCAGCCGCCUCGUCUUCACUCUGGGCUGCUGCCUGGUGGCCUCCCUGCCCGUCCUGCUAGCGAUGCUCUCCGGCUGGGUCUGCCAGUUCUGCAGCGGCUCUCUGGAGCCCGCGGAGCCCUCGUCCAGGCGACGGGCCCUCCAGAGGCUGUUUGUCUCCUCCUCCCUGGAGCUGCUGCUCCUCUACGCCCUCAACCUCCUCCUCAUGGCCUCGCAGCUCCCCCAGAGGGACCUGCACCUGGUGCCCACCGCCGCCGCCAUCUUCUUCCUGGGAAGACUCGUCUACUGGGCCAGUCUCCACGGCUGCCCCACCUGGCGGGCCUUCGGCGCGGGCCUGACAACCUUCCCCCUGCUGGCCAUGGUGGCUCUGAACCUCUUCUUCCUCUACAACCUGGGCCUGGAGUACCCCGCCUUCCGCUCGCAGGACCUGCUCCUCAACCAGGACACGCCCUCUCUGUGGUCGCCAGGGGCGAUGGCCCCCAAGCCCAACGCCACCCUGGACAAUAUGUGAGGAGGAGGAGGAGGAAGGGAGGAGGGCGAUGAUGAAGAAGGCGGGGGAUGAAGGAGAAGAAGAAAGAGAGAGGAGGGAGAGGGACUCUCUUUGUGCUUUUUGAAGGAGGAGAUCCUUCUAGAAAUAGGCAAUUUCUGUGGUCUGCAGGCCGGCUUUGGGGGCGGCCAUGACCGACCGACCUCGGAGCUGCUGCGACGGCUGUCUGCUUUGGCGUAGACAGGACCUUCUCUGUUCUUAAUGUGGAUUCCUGCUUAUUAUCUGAAGCGCCGCGAGAGUCCUCUUUUUCUUUCUCGCUCUUGCUUGUGGCCAAAAAAAAAAGAAAAAAAGCCCUUGAACUCCAAAGUUCUAGUCUUAAAACGUUUGUCCUUUUAAGCCAUUCCAGUAACUAUAUUUAAUGUUUUGAACUCGUAAGCGCUUCAGAGCUUUUGCUUUUUUUUAUACGGAUUCAUUUGGUUCACUGGCAGAAAACCUUUCUUAUGAGGAAGCGUAUUUUUUAUCGUGCCAAACUUUUUGUAAAUGAAAUAAUGAUGAUAAGAAUAAAGGCCAUUACUUUGACAAGUUUA